GUUAAUUCAAAAACAGAAAGGUGAAGAGGAGAAACCAUGUCAGACAGCAAUGUUCCUGAAAUAAAGUACGAUGUUUUUGUAAGCUUUAGAGGCAAGGAAAUCCGUGACGGGUUUCUUAGCCAUCUGACAGAGGUAUUUGACAUGAAGAAAAUAAAUGGCUUUGUAGAUGAUAAACUUGAGAGGGGAGAAGAAAUAUGGCCAUCACUUGUCACAGCGAUUGAAAGAUCAGCCAUUUCGUUGAUUAUCUUCUCACCAGACUAUGCUUCUUCUCGUUGGUGUUUAGAUGAAGUUGUGAAAAUAGUUGAAUGUAAAGAGAAAUAUGAACGGAUUGUCAUUCCCGUUUUCUACAAAGUGGCACCAACAGAUGUAAGACAUCAAUCUGGAAGUUACGAAAAUGCAUUUGCUAACCAUCGACUAAACUAUACGACAAAGGUGCAGAUGUGGAAAGAUGCUUUGAAAACAUCUGCUGAUUUAUCUGGAAUUGAAUCGUCCAAAUUUAGAAAUGAUGCUGAGGUGGUUAAAGAAAUUGUCGAUCUUGUGGUGAAGAGGUUGAAUAAACCCCAAGUUAACCCAAAAGGACUUGUUGGAAUCGAUGAAAAAAUUGCUACUUUGGAGUCAUGGAUAAG